AUGAAACUCCCAUUACUGUUACUGGCCUCCAGUAUCCAUUAUGUCUCUUUAUCAGCAAGCCCCAUAUUCGAAGAGUUCUUUUCUCCAGGUGUUGGUACAAGAGGAGCCGUUGCUUCAGAGGCUCAAGAAUGUAGCUACAUCGGGAGAGACUUGUUAGCACGAGGUGGAAAUGCCGUCGAUGCCAUGAUUGGAACGACAUUCUGCGUCGGUGUUAUUGGCAUGUACCACUCCGGUAUUGGAGGCGGUGGUUUCAUGAUUGUGCGUGACAAGAAGGGUAACUACGAAGCAAUCGACUUCAGAGAAUCAGCCCCUACAGCAGCAUUCGAGGGCAUGUACCAAGGGAAUGUGAACGGUAGCAUCUACGGAGGCCUUUCUGUUGGUGUGCCAGGCGAAGUCCGUGGGUUUGAGUAUGUACACAAGAAAUACGGCGUAUGA